AAAGAUGGGACCUUGUCAUUCAAGUUGGUCAUGUCUUUAGUGAAUGUCCUCAUCUCGUGAGUGCAAGAUAAUUAUGGAAACCACACUAGCAUCGGUGGUUAAUAUUUUAUAUCUGACUGCACGAUUUGCAAACGGACUUCUGACAUUCGAGAAAUUGACCAAUCAAGAUUACCCUUCGACGACGUACUUCACGACCAGGAACGUGUCAUUAUAUGAAUGUCAAGGUUGGUGUCGAGAUGAUAGCAACUGUGUAGCCACGUCUUUCAGUUUCGUCGUCAACCCUUUAACGCCCAUACAAGAAACCAGUUGCUUCCUCCACAACGAAACCAAGGCAAAGAAACCUUCCAUUUCUCCCCAAUUAACGGUCAAUACUUAUUACCUGACGAAAAUUAAUUUGAGAUCGGAAAACUUGUGUAGUCGUCUCUGGUCGUUCGAAAGAAUUCCAAAUAAAUACAUUCGAGGAUUCGACAAUGCAAUUAUCUUCACCUCAAACAAGGAUGCUUGUCUUUCAGCAUGCUUAAACGAAGUUCGCUUUAAUUGCCGUUCGGUCGAAUUCAAUUAUGUGACGUUAGAGUGCCGAAUUAGUGACGUCGACAGAAGAUCUUCCUACGAAAACAUCAAGCUGUCAGACGCUCAAGGGGUUGACUAUUUCGAAAACAACUGCUUACAACCCGAUAAAAUUUGCUCGAGACCCACAGUUUAUUCGUACGCCAAGGUUGGAUUACCACAAGCCACAAUUACCCAUUACGUUAAUCUCAAUUAUUACUUAGAUAAACAGAUUCUGGUGUCGAACAGACAAGAAUGCCAACACCAAUGCACACAAGAAAAGGAAUUCCUGUGUAGAUCGGUGCUAUUCAUCACGGAUCCAAGACCCGGAAAAUCUGUCUGCAAACUCUACCACGUCGACCACACAAUGCUGCCACAGGGAGCAGAGACAUAUAUCGUUUCGAAUCCUCUGCCACUGUUAGAUAGUGGCGAGAGUUCUGGUACUUACAUGGAAAGACAGUGUAGUAAUAGCUCACAGACGGGCCAUCCUAUACUGAACAUAGCGACUGGGGUGGUUCAACAGACUACACCCGCUCCAUUGUUGAGCGCGUCAGAAAAAAAGGACCCCUCCUGCGAUGCCUUUGGCGUAUGUUACGAUGUGUCUAUACAAUGCACAGACACUAAAAUCAUCGUUUAUGUCCGUACCAAUCGGCCUUUUCACGGAAGAAUAUAUGCUCUAGGUAGAAGCGAAACUUGUCACGCCAACAUUUUAAACAGUCAACAAUUCAGACUGGACCUCACCCUCAGUGGUCAAGAAUGCAACACCCAAUCUCUGGGAGGAGUAUAUUCUAAUACUGUGGUCUUGCAACACCACAACGUAGUGUUAACGAGAGCAGAUAAAGUAUACAACGUGCGAUGUACCUACGAAAUCGCCUCGAGGAAUGUCUCCUUUGGCAUGCUUCCUAUACGCGAUCCCGACACCCUCCAAAUUACUUCGUCACCCGAAGCACCCCUUCCGAAGAUAUUUAUAUUGGGUGCAGACGGAAGAGAAGCUACCACCGUUCGUAUAGGAGACAAAUUAACAUUCCGUAUCGAAAUACCAGAAACUACUCCUUACGGGAUAUUCGCACGCAGUUGCGUGGCAAUGGCUAAAGAUGCAAGGAGCACCUUCGAAGUUAUCGAUGAUCGAGGAUGUCCCGUGGAUCCGCUGAUAUUCCCAAGAUUUAUGCAAAUAGGAAACGCUCUGGAAAGCAGCUACGAAGCAUUUCGAUUCACGGAAUCGUACGGGGUGAUAUUUCAAUGUAACGUCAAAUAUUGCAUUGGAAAUUGCGAACCAGUGAGAUGCGACCAUAGUUUAGAAAAAACAGAAUCGUGGGGUCGUAAAAAAAGAUCCAGCGAAAACGAAUUAACUCUGAGCCACGAAAUUCUAGUUCUCGAUUUUGGUGACGAGUUCGCACGUUCCAUGAAAAAUACCCAGCAUUCCACAAAUGAUUCCUUCAACGUGUUCGAAUCUGUGGAAUUUUUAGAAACGUGCGCUUCCAAGACCUCAAUCAUGGCCCUAAGUCUAACAACUGCUCUAUUGUUAGUUGUGUAUAUAUGCACGGUUGCCUACUUUGUUGCCCAUAGACGAGCCCAUAAAGAAUUCUCUUAACAUCAUUUAAUAUAAUAUAAAUUCGGAAAUUGAUUCGUCAAUUAUAACCUGUCAACACGACCGGUUUUUAUUAUUAUUAUUUUUUUUAAUUUAGAAUAUAUUUUUCUAAAAUUUUUACAGUAAAACUUGUCCAAAAACGGACACCUGCCUAAACGGAAAAAUUCUUAAGAAUGAAGCGAUUUUCCAUGUUUUAAAAAAACCUAUUCGAAACGGAAACCUGCCAAACUGGAAUAUUCGGUACCCGGUUUACACAGGUUUCACUGUCCGCUAUAUACAGGUUUUCCAGAAAUAAAUCCAGAACAUAACAAUUAAAGGUGUAAUUAAUUUAUACCAAAGAACUUUUCUAUAAUAGCAAUUAAAAGUAAUGGCUCAUCGAACAGAAAAUGGCUCAUAUCUGUGGAACACCAUUAUGUUUAUGGUGUUUAAUUGGCUAUGGUUAUUUAUUAAUGGUAAUAAAGAUUAAUUAAUCAUUAUCACAGUUUUCAAUAAAAAUAAAUGAUACUCAGCUUUCAAUGCGAUCAUCACAAAUAAAUUUUGUUCUACCUCUUAAAAUUAAUUAUCGAGUUAUGGAAAAUACUUUUGUAAAUAUUAUAUUUAAUUAUUUAAUUAAAAGUAUGGUACUAUGUGUUUUAUUUAUAUAAAGUGGUAUCAAUAUAGAGAUAAAA